CAGAUCUCAAGGGCAGGAGGUCUUUAGAGAGCAUGGGCUACAUAACAUAGGGGUCUUGCAGAAGGAUCAAAUGCCUGGUAUGGGACCCUGUGGAUAACAGGCAGCUGUAUGUAGGUCAGGCAGGAAACUUGGUUUCCCUGCCUAGUAUGCUUUAGAUAGGUUAUGGCCAGGCCAAGGCUGCAAGGUCCCAGAGGGAUCAUUUUGCAGGCUUUACCAGAUGUUCUCACACCCACAAGUCUGACCUUCACCCUGUCAAUCCCCUUCCACUCCCUCUGUUAUGUUGGAGAUUGCAGGAAACCUCUUUCUCCUGCAAUGUUCCUCCUGCAACUUCUACUGAGAAAAGUUAACAUAGUGGGCACUUUAAAAGAGAAAUGCUUAAAGGAAUUCUGUUGUUUAUCAGAAAGCAUUUAUUGAAGGGUUUGUUUGGAGCUGAGAGGCAGUAAGUUGAUAACCCACACGUCACCUCAAAGUUCAUAAGCUCCAGCCACACUGGUUGUUGUUUGAACAACUAGGCAUAGUCCCACUUUACGUCCUUUGCAUUAACUUUUCCUUCUUCUGGAACACUCUUCCCCUGGGUAUCCCCUCCUUUAAAUCUUUGCUCAAAUGUCACUCUCUCACUAUUUUAGUAUUGUACCAUUCCUCACUCCUGAUUAUUCCUGCACUAUUUUUUCCUUUUUCAAUAUAGCUCAUCCUUUUUUACUAUAUGGGGUAAUUUACGUAUGUAUUAUGUUUAUUGUCUGUUUCUCCCUGACAGAAUGCAAGCUCCAGGAAGACAAGGAUCUUUGUUUAUCAAUAUCUCCCAAGAGCCUAGAACUGAGCUUGGCACAUAGUAUUUGUGCCAAAUAUUUGUUGAGUGACUAAGUGAAUUACUGAGACAAACAUGAGAUAUAAAGGGGAAGAUAUAAAAUCAUCUAGUUAAAAUAUAUACCCACAUCUCUUGUUUUUCCCUACUAGAUAAAAUCCAAACUCGUUAUCAAGAUUCAAUUAAAAAGUCAUUCCUUCUAUAAUUUGGACACUGAUUGCUGCUGCAAGAUAGAGCAAGAAACAAGUUUUCCUCCUUUGACGGGUCAGCAGAAGAGGUAUUUGAUUCUGGUCUGGUUGAUUGCUGCCUGCACGUUUUCGGUUAAGCUAACACCAGUGCACUUUAGAAGACUUUGGAAACAGCUGGAAGACAGCAUUAAGCCAGCUAUAGAGGCAUUUACAGGAUUCCAUGACAAGCAUGGAGCCCUUGGAGAACAAAAAUAGACCCAUAGAGCAGAGGUCUUCAGUCUGGAGCAGGCAUACUCCUGCACAUCCUGGAAGACAGCCCAAGUACACCUGCAGUUUUAAGGAAACGGUUUUCCACAUUUCAACUUACAUUUCCCUGAAACUGGUCUGCUUGACAACAAGUCUGACUACACAAUAGUCCUCCUUCCAUUUUACAAAAGAAAAACAUCUCUUACAUCACAGUUCAAAGAGAAGGACAUAGGAAAAUACUGGUUUCAAAGAAAACUUUUGAAAAGGUAAUCAAGGCAUUUUUGUCCAUUGAGAGAUAAAUGGAAAACAAAAUGUGGUACAUACGUACAAUGAAAUUAUUCAGCCUUAAAAAGGAAGGCUGACACCUGCUCCAACAUAGAUAAACCUUGAAGACUUUAUAUUAAGUGAAUAAGCCCAUCACAAAAGGACAAAUACUGUAUGACUCCACUUACAUGAGGUACCCAGAGUGUCAAAUUCAGAGACAGAAAAUAGAAGGGCUCUUACCAGAAGCCGGAGAGAGCAGGGGGAAUGGGGUGUUAUGGCUUAGUGGGUAGAGUUUCUGUUUUUCAAGAUGAAGAGUUCAGGGAUGGAUAGUGGAGAUGGUUUCACACAGAACUGUACACUUAAAAAUGGUUAGGAUGGUUAAAAAGAAAACUAUCAGGCACGUUAAACCUAGGGGCUUCCUGUCAAAUACGUAUUUCUGUAAACGAUUUGGCUUUAGACAGCGAUACUUGAAAGCCUGUAUUAAGAUACUCUUGAAUCACAACGCCAAAGCAGUAUGGAUUAUUUAAAAUGCACGUGCCAUUUUUUGAUGGGCUUUUGAGAACCAGUGGCUAAAACUCACCAAUAGGAACUUCACAGUUUAAGAUUGUGCGUGCUUUUACAAAAUCAAAUAAUAUGAAAUAUUUAUUCCAAUUACAGUCAAUCCACAUCUCAUUCCAUCUAGUAAAAAUUUUAUUUUCUAUUUCCCUUUAAUUAAAAAAAUGCUUUAUUUAAACUGACACUGAAAAAGUUUCUCUGUCAACUUCAGUGUGCGAGAAGGUGUUAUAGUUUCCCCCCAAUUUUGUAGGCGCUACGCCGGCAAAUGCGUCUGGCUUUCAAAGCUCGCGAAUGUGUUGUGCGCUGCCCUGGGUUCGGUUUUGCGCGGUUCCCAAGCCGCCGGUACCGCUCCACGCGAAGGCGAGAAAGUGGGCGACUGCGGGAGCGCCGUGGGCCCGCCCCUCCGCGGCGGGGGCGUGGCUCCCCGUGGCCACCUGGCUCUGGGCUCUUCUUCCGCGAAGCGUUUGGUGAGUUCCCGCCAGAUGUUGAAGUUUCACUUCCAAUCGCCACUGCUGGCUCCUCCUCCCAAGGCCUUUUUCCGAAGCCGAGUCUUCUCCCUCUGGGGAGACGAGAGCGCCAGCAAUGGCCCCGCGGCGCAGAAAGGCGACGGGAGCAGCUUCGGAGGCGGAAGCCGCCGCCCCCAGGGUCUCGGCGCCGCGGGUGAAGGGCGCCCCGACCGAGCCUAGAGAGUCCCCGGCCGUCCCUGAGGCCGCCCGGCCCAGCGCGCGGAGGUGCGGCCCCGCCAGGCCGUCGGGAUCCCGGAGGGAGAAGAGCGGCCCGGAACCCCAGGAGAAGCGGCAGGUACGCGCGCGGCCGGUACGCGCGCGGGCUGCCCGCGCCGAGGACCGGGUGGAAGGUCCGCCUGCUCGGACCGAAGGGGUGAUGCCUCCCGCGGCCCCGGGGCCGCCCCUUCCCAGGCGUGCAUCUCGCCGCGAGGGCACCGCGCGCUCCGCUCGGGAGCGGAGACCUCAGCCCGGGCCCACGGAGGUUCCCGGCCCGCUGGUCCCAGUCUCCAGUCUCGGGCGCGGGAAGGAGGCGCCCGGCGCCUGGAAGCCCCGGGCGGUAUUGGACAAGUUGAGGCUGAGCCGCCAGGAAAUCUCUGAGGCGGCGGAGGUGGUGAACAGGCUCACGGACCACCUGCUGCGGAGACUGCAGAGCUGUGAGUCCGAGUUCAAAGGCGUCGCGCUGCUGCGCACCGGGAGCUACUACGAGCGCGUGAAGAUUUCUGCUCCUAAUGAAUUUGACGUUAUGUUCAAACUGGAGGUCCCCCGAAUUCAGCUAGAAGAAUAUUACAACAGUGCUGCUCAUUACUUUGUGAAGUUCAAAAGAAAUCCCAAAGGAAAUCCUCUGGGUCAGUUUUUAGAAGGGGAAAUAUUAUCAGCUUCUAAGAUGCUGUCCAAGUUUAGGAAAAUCAUUAAGGAAGAAAUUAAAAAUAUUGAAGAUACAGAUGUCAUGGUGGAGAGGAAGAGAAGAGGGAGCCCUGCAGUAACACUUCUGGUUAGAAAACCUAAAGAAAUAUCUGUCGAUAUAAUCCUGGCUUUGGAAUCCAAAAGCAGCUGGCCUGCUAGCACCAUGGAAGGCCUGCCCAUCAGUAACUGGCUUGGAGCAAAAGUCAGGAACAGUUUAAGACGACAGCCAUUUUACCUGGUACCCAAGCAUGCAAAGGAAGGAAGUGGUUUUCAAGAAGAAACAUGGCGUCUGUCCUUCUCUCACAUUGAAAAGGAAAUUUUGAAAAAUCACGGACAAUCUAAAACAUGCUGUGAAACUGAUGGAGUGAAAUGUUGCAGGAAAGAGUGUUUAAAACUAAUGAAAUAUCUUUUAGAACAACUGAAAAAAAAGUUUGGAAACCGAAAGGAACUGGAUAAGUUCUGUUCUUAUCAUGUGAAAACUGCCUUCUUUCACGUCUGUACCCAGGACCCAGAUGACAGUCAGUGGCACUCCAAGGAUUUGGAGCUCUGCUUUGAUAACUGUGUGACAUACUUUCUUCAGUGCCUCAAGACAGAACAACUUGAGCAUUAUUUCAUUCCUGAAGUCAAUCUCUUCUCUCGAGACCAUAUUGACAAGCUAAGUAAAGAAUUUCUGUCAAAGCAAAUUGAAUAUGAAAGAAACAAUGGAUUUCCAGUUUUUGGUGAAUUUUGAAAUUAUAUUUUUAAAAAGAAUCAAGAAUUAGAGUGACUUUAUAAUCAUUGAAAUGCAUCACAGCAAUGAUUGACUAAAAUGAUUAUUCAGCUCUCUGUUUCUCUUCAUAAACUCUAAUCAAUAUAAAAGGAUGGAUUAUCCUAGGAAACAGAUUAUUCAAGGAAUAAGAAGCAAAGGAGUAUUUAAAAUAUAAAAGCUUUACCAGAGUGGCAUGAAACGAAGGACAAAAUACAUAUCACCUCAAUUAAAUUCAUCAAGCACUGACUGAACACCACCUCUCACCUAGCACAGAUGUGUGGAAGGAGGCAAGGUCAUUGCCUCCACGAACUGGUAGGUUUUGUUUAACAUACAAAUAUGUUUGGAAGCCAUGUCCUGUCCUAUGUGUUAGGAUAGGUAAGAAGGAAAUGAAAAAAUAGGUUCUGUGUGUCCUGGGAAAUUCUUAAUCUUUCAUAGAAAAAUAUAGGAUACUUUUCUACACAUGGCUAAAUAUAAAACAUAACUUACUUUCUUUUAAGUAAUACUUUUAUAUGUAUUUCUGAAAAGGCAAUACACACAUGGUACAAAACUCAAAGAAAAGGGUAUGGGAUAAAAUGCCAUCCUCUCUCCUCUGCACUUAGGCAGCAUUCAACUUGAGGCAGUUGCUGUCUGUUAACUUUUUCCUAUUCAGAUAUUUUGCACAUUUUCUUACUGGUUUUUUUUUUAUUGUUUUCUCAUUGUCAUUUUGUUGUCAUUCUCAUAUCAUGAAUAACUUCUGUGUAGACUGUCUACACCAAUUUUUGUGUCUUCUAGUGAGAAAGGUUUUAAAAAUUAAAAUAUUGAAUGUAUCAGU